CACACCGGCAAACACGGCGGUGGAUAGUGAUACGCGGAUAACUUUCGUCAGUUUAAGACACGAAGAUGAUCCGUGAACUGCCUCCCACUUUAGCUAAGAUAGCUAAAGAUGAGUUGGGUGAAAAUCCAAAAAGGACACAAGAAGACGUGCAACACCUGAAGGAGUGGAUCACAAAGCAGCCACAUUUGAAGGCUCGGACGGAUGAUCAGUGGUUGCUAGCCGUCCUGAGAGGCUGCAAGUUCAGUCUGGAACGAGUUAAGAAGAAAUUGGAUUUGUAUUAUACGUUGAGAACAACGGCACCUGAUGUAACUCUUCGCCUUAAACCUACUGAAAAUAAGUUUCUGGAGUUUCUCAGACUUGGAACUGUUGUCAUCCUUCCCGAGGCGACUCAGAAGCUGUCACCGUGCAUCAUUCUUAUCCGCCCAGGCUCCUACCACCCUAACACACAUAAUGUAGCCGACAUCAUGUGUAUCUUGAUUUAUUUGGUGCAAAUUUUGGUCGUAGAAAGCGAUGCGGCGACGGUAUUGGGUACGAAGAUCGUGGUAGAUUACCAAGGAGUCACCAUGGCUCACCUGGCGCAGGCCAACCCGACAUUACUCAAGAAAAUGAUAGCUGUUAGCCAAGACUCAAUGCCCCUACGGUUAAAAGGUAGCCAUCACGUGAACCUACCCGCUGGAAUUGAAGCCAUUUUUCAACUAAUCAAAGGACUCUUAAAUGCAAAAGCGAGAGAUAGGUUGAAGAUACACAAACAUUACGAAGAAUUAAGGGAAUUUGUACCGCAAGAAUCUUUACCAAAAGAAUACGGAGGCAGUGGCGGAAGUAUUGCGGAAAUAACAGAAAAAUGGGUGUUGAAAAUGGCAGAAUACAAGUCAUGGAUGCAGCAGGAAGAGACCCUCGGCACAGACGAGUCGCGGCGCGCCGGAGCGCCGCGCACCGCAGAGGAAAUGUUCGGCGCGGACGGAUCAUUUAGAAAACUCGACAUUGACUGUUACCGUCAUAAAUUAAUUAUCAAAAUGACGAUUCGACCACUGCCUGCGGCACUCAAGAAGAAAGCAGCGAAGGAAAUAAAUGAAGAUGAUCGCAGAAUAGCGUCUGACAUCAUGGCGUUGAGGCACUGGCUAAUGAAACAGCCGCAUCUUCAUGCAAUACAGCCAAAUGAUCAAUGGCUGCUGGCAUUUUUACGGGGAUGCAAGUUCAGCCUAGAGCGUACUAAGGAAAAACUAGAUAUGUAUUAUACUUUAAAAGGGUUGGUGCCAGAGUUUUUAACUAACAGAGAUCCAAUGGAUUCGAAGAUUCAAGACAUACUAAAAUUAGGUCUCUUUUUACCACUGAAGAAAUGUCAGGGCGAAGAUUCAUCACGCACCUGUAUCGUGAGGGUCGGGGUGUUCGAUGCCUCCAAGUAUCACCUGACGGACGUUUUGAAGAUUGCCUUUAUGAUCACGGAGAUCAUGAUGCUGGAGGACGACAAUUUCAAUGUGGCUGGCGAGGAAGUAAUCAUCGACAUGAAAGGUGUGGGCAUCAGCGUGCUGAGCCAAUGGACGCCAACGUUAGCAAAAAAAGCGAUCUCCUGCUUCGAGAAGGCUUUCCCAGUGCGCGUGAGGUCCAACUACAUAAUCAGCACUCCACCGGGAUUCGAGGCUGCGUAUGCUAUUUUAAAAACCUUCCUUGGAGAAAAACUGAAGAAAAGAAUAAAGGUUUAUAACAAGGACUACAAAGCUAUAUACCAUGCCGUCCCUCAAGCAAUGCUCCCGACAGACUUUGGAGGACAAGACGGAUCUCUACAGGAAUUGAUUGAUUACUGGAAGCUGAAAGUGGAGAACUACCGCGACUGGUUCGUGGCCCAGGAGACGGCUCAGUCAGACGAAGCCAAGCGGCCGGGCGCGCCCGCCACCUCCUCCACUCUGUUCGGCGUCGAUGGCUCCUUCAGGACUUUGCAGUUCGAUUGAGUGAUUUUAAAUAAAACGUAUCAGUGCAA